AUUUUAUCAGAUUGUGUCAGAAGCAGAAUCUGAAGUGGAGCUUCUAGUAUCCCCAGGAGCACAGAGUAAACACAGAAGGUACCUGCAGGAUCCACUCGUGUCCAUUGAUCUUUCAGAGCAGCUGAGGAUCAAAGAGUUUUUUCUUGAAGGGCUCGAGGACUGAAGCAUCCCACAAAAUGAUUCUAUUGAAUAAUUCUGAGCAGCUGCUGGCCCUACUCAAAUCUUUAGCAAGGAGCAUUCCUGAGUCCCUGAAGGUGUAUGGCUCUCUGUUUCACAUCAAUCACGGGAACCCCUUCAACAUGGAGGUGUUGGUGGACUCCUGGCCCAAGUAUCAGAUGGUUGUUACCUGACCUCAAAAACAGGAGAUGACUGAUGACAUGGAUUCAUACACUAAUGUAUAUCGUAUAUUCUCCAAAGACCCUCAAAAAUCACAAGAAGUUUUGAAAAAUUCUGAGAUCAUAAACUGGAAACAGAAACUCCAAAUCCAAGGUUUUCAAGAAAGUUUAGGUGAGGGGAUAAGAGCGGCUGCAUUUUCAAAUUCAGUGAAGGUAGAGCAUUCGAGAGCACUCCUCCUUAUUACAGAAGAUGUCCUGAAGCUCCAUGCCACCAAUAAAAGCAAGCUUGGAAGCUGGGCUGAGACAGGCCACCCAGAUGACGAACUGGAGAGCGAGACUCCGAACUUUAAGUAUGCCCAGCUGAAUGUGUCUUAUUCUGGGCUGGUAAAUGACAACUGGAAGCUAGGGAUGAAUAAGAGGAGCCUGCGUUACAUCAAGCGCUGCCUAGGAGCCCUGCCAGCAGCCUGUAUGCUGGGCCCAGAGGGGGUCCCGGUCUCAUGGGUAACCAUGGACCCUUCUUGUGAAAUAGGAAUGGGCUACAGCGUGGAAAAAUACCGAAGGAGAGGCAACGCGACACGGAUGAUGGUGCGAUACAUGAAGUAUCUGUGUCAAAAGAAUAUUCCAUUUUACGGCUCUGUGCUGGAAGAAAAUCAAGGCGUCAUCAGAAAGACUAGUGCACUAGGUUUCCUUGAGGCCUCCUGUCAGUGGCACCAAUGGACCUGCUACCCACAGAAUCUUGUUCCAUUGUAGACAAUGAAGCUGCUUAGCAAUCUUGGGCAAGCCAUCUCUUAAUAUUAAAGCAGACACCACAGAAUAGCUUUCUUCACUUACAAAUGUUGAUUGGGCAUUUGUGAUAUGGCAGGAACUCUUCCUCACAUGGAGACUUGAUGUUAAAGGACACAGCCAUGCUCUUGAGGAGCUUACAAUCCAAGCUGGAGGCAGGGGAGGGUAUAGUCUUUAAAUAUGCUUAAGUGUUGUAGGGAAGGACAGAGUUACCAAUAAACAUGUAACUAGAAAGCCAGGCUCAGUUCUUACCUCUGGGAAUCAGAACUCUUUAGGAAACUUGGUUGAUAGAAUCUACUAUCUGGAAGAUAAAUGAAGAACUUUAAUAAAAUUGUCAAUAGAAUA